UUUUUUAAAAACCCAGCUUAUUCUUGUAUUAUCAUUAUAUUAUUUAUUACUAUUAACCUACAUUCACCCACCCCUAUAGUGUUUGAUAGGAGACAAAGGCAAGGGGUGUUUAUGAGAAGGGGAAGGGGAACAAUUACAUCAAUAGAUGGAAGGCAUUUCUGUUGGUGCAGAAACCUAAGUAGUGAUGCUAAUUCUAAAGAAAGUAAUUUUCAGCUCGGUGGUCAUCAGUCUGGUAGUCAUCCUUUCUGCUUUCUUGUUCUCCUUGCAAACAAUUCUUCAGAACACACUGUUGUUUUAGGCCCAGUCCAAAGGUUAUUUGCCCUUUUAAAAUCCCAAAGGUUUGAGGCAUAAGACAUGCAAGGCAGUUCCUCUGGGACAGCAGCUCUGGCUCCAUUUAUUCAUUUUUCUACAGUGGAAAUGCUUCCCUUACACCACACCACCAAGUUUGGGGAUUUGUGUCCUAACUAAUAUUGGCCAUGGACACCUUUGCUGAUAACACCACCCCCUCCUCUACCUCCAUAGUGACUCAACAGGAGAAGACCCUACUGCCUAGGCCUAGCCUGCUGGAGGCAGGUGGCGAUAGCUGUGAGGAGCCCAAGCAGCAGAUGUCUUGGGAGCAAGAGUUCCUGGUGGGGAACAGCCCGGGAGGCAGCGGGCGGGCGCUGUGCAUGGUCUGUGGGGCCGAGAUCCUGUUCCCCUCAGCGGACACGGCGCGCGCACACAUCCUAGAGCAGCAUCCUCACACCCUGGACCUGAGCCCUUCUGAGAAGAGCAACAUCCUGGAGGCCUGGAGCGAGGGGGUGGCCCUUUUGCAAGAUGUCAGAGCUGAGCAGCCAUCCCCACCCAACUCAGACUCAGCCCAGGAUGUCAGUGCAGACCCUGACUCCACUCCAGACGCUGCCACAAUGCCAGCAGAGAUUGUGGUUCUCCUUGACUCUGAGGACAGCACAGCCCUCCCUAGAAGGACCCGGCCCAGGGGACUCCGUCCCCUUGAGCUUCCAGCUGCCCCUGCCACAGAGCCAGUAAAUAAGAAGCCCCGUGGUCAGAGAUGGAAGGAGCCCCCUGAGGAAGAACCGGUCAGAAAGAAAAGAGGCAAAUCUGUGACCAAAAACCUGGACCUGGACCUGGACCCAGACUCAGACUCUGACUCAGACCCCCCGUCACCUGACUCGCCCACCGAGACUUUCACAGCUCCCACCGAGGUCCGGCACUUCACCGAUGGCAGCUUCCCUCCCGGCUUCGUCCUACAGCUCUUUUCCCACACCCAGCUAAGGCCCUCAGACAGCAAGGAUGCACCCAAAGAGGGGGGAGUGGCCGGAGGUGGCCUUCCCCAGCCGGAAAGCCCCUCUCCAGUUUCAGCUUGAGUCACAUUCCAGUCCUGCCUCCCCGAGUCUGUGGCUCUGCUUGGACUUGAACGUUUCCGAGUCUCCUCACUGCGGUGGAUCGCUGCUCUAAAUGGCUGACCUCUUCCACUAUUCAGUGGGUUCUGCUUUCAUUCUCGAAAAGAGCCUUCAUUUUGAGCCCUGGGGUACCCUGUGCCCAAACUCCACCCAUCUGGAGUGGUGAGUAGCUGAGAAGGGAAUUCCUGAGGCCUCAAGUCCCUCUGGGGUGAGUGGGGAAAGCCUGAGACUUUAGGGUUCAACAAACUGAAUGAUGUGGGAGGGAUGAAGGGGCUGGCAGGUGUUCUCAACAGUGGCAGGAUCUGUGGAGGUUGGACAUGGCCCGGAAGCCGCAGAAGACAUUCAACAGCAAGUUUUCCUGCAGCCCAGCCCCAAGCAAAGUGCUCUGGAAAAUGACAUGAGUGAGGCAGCCUUUGUCCCCAAGAAGCUCAUAGUCUGUCUGGAAUACAGGUCCGAGGCAGUGAAGCAGAUUGAGGAUAGUUGAGCGCCCGCGCUGGUCCUGUUCCUAUGUACGCUGGUCCUGUGCAGAGCGAAGGCUUCGGACCAGUGGUUUCCAGCUGUUUCAGGAUCUCAAAGCUUGGGCGGAUUUCUCAGAGACCUGUGAGGCUUCAUCCGGAAUGUCUCCACUUUGAGUUGUUUUAUAUAUUAAAGUUCUCUGAAGGUUUUAUUUGAAUAAAGACACCACCACUUUUAAAAGUUUAAAAA